UUUACUAAACAAGUUAUCUGGCUGCGACGCGUUAAAUUACGUGAAACCAAGAAAGCAGACGGUUCGGUAAACAAGUGUUACAACCAUGGCGUGUGUUUCGCGAUGUGACAGAAGAUUCUUAAAUGUAAUUUUGUUAGGGUUUGGUUUCAUGUUCGUAUUUACAGCCUUCCAGACAAUGGGAAACAUAGAGAAAACCGUACUGGACAGCAUCCAAGCAGACGACCCGGAGUUCCGUGGGGAUGGCUACACCAGCCUGGCGGUCAUCUACGCCGUGUUCGCCGUUUGCAACUGGCUAGCGCCGUCCAUCAUCAGCGUGGUGGGGCCGCGUCUAACCAUGGUCAUCGGCGGCAUCACCUACGCAUUGUUCAUUCUUACAUUCCUGCUUCCCAAGACAUGGCUUUUAUAUGUGGCCUCUUGUGUAAUUGGAUUUGGUGCAGCCAUAAUAUGGACUGGGCAGGGCAAUUACCUCACACUCAAUUCUGACUCUUCAACUAUAUCUCGGAACUCCGGUAUCUUCUGGGCAAUGCUGCAAGCCAGCAUGUUUUUUGGAAACCUCUUUGUAUACUUCAAAUUUCAAGGGAAAACACACAUUGACCAUGAAACUCGCAUGGUAGUCUUCAUUGUCCUUAUAGUUCUUGCGGCAGUGGGGAUAGUAUUCCUCUUGGUACUAAGGCCUGCAGAGAGGGCAGAUGGAGAGAUGGUGGGUAAAGAUACCACAGGCCCACUCACUGCACUGAAGAAGGCAUUUAGGUUGUUCUUUACCAAGGAUAUGAUGCUACUCACCCUGACUUUUUUCUACACAGGAAUUGAACUUUCGUUCUUCAGUGGAGUAUAUGGGCCAAGUGUAGGAUUCACUCUUCAGAUUGGGCCAAAUGCAAAGCAGCUUGUGGGGUUGUCUGGAAUAUUUAUUGGUGUUGGUGAAGUCACAGGUGGAUUGUUGUUUGGAAUUUUAGGACAUAAAACAAUACGAUGGGGCAGAGACCCAAUUGUAAUAAUGGGCUUUGUAAUACAUCUCCUCUCAUUUUUUCUCAUAUUCCUCAAUCUGCCUAAUUCAGCACCAUUUCAAGAUACUAAUGACGAAGCUUACAUUUCAAGCAGUGCCUAUAUUGCGAUGCUCUGUAGCCUGCUGUUGGGUUUUGGUGACAGCUGCUACAAUACACAAAUCUACUCAAUUUUGGGAGGAGUGUGGGCAGAUGAUAGCGCAGCAGCAUUUGCUCUCUUCAAAUUUACGCAGUCUGUGGCCGCCGCCGCCAGUUUUUUCUACAGCAGUCACGUAGGGCUGCAUGCACAGCUGGCCAUCCUGCUCGUGUUGUCCACACUGGGCACCGUCAUGUUCUGCUGGGUCGAGUGGCGGUCGAGAGCCCGGCGAGACAGGCAGCGCAGCCCAGACCUCAGUCAGGUUGAAGGCAGCAUAGCCACCAAGGGAGACUGACAAACUGCCGUGUGUUUACUGUGGCAGACAUGUGCUUGUGCCAAUCCUGUGGAGAGUGCCCUCCUGAGGAACUUAACAUUUGCUGCAUUGCCGACAUAGCUGUCCCAGCUCCAAAAUUGUGAAUUUAACAAACAACUGUGUCUAGGUUCUGUCCUCACCUGUCAUUAAUGACAUUUUUGUCUUCCUCUGGCCAUAUCUGAAUCAUUAUAGUAUUUAGUGAGUCGGGAAUGUUGCAAAUUGUAGCUAACCUCCAUUAUUAUAGGAAUUAGCACAGUCCUUCCGUGUAUAUCUUAUAACUUUAAUGGUGCUAUUACACAAAUGUUAAAUUGAUAACAAAAAUUCUGUGAUAUGUAUGUUGCACUGUGGUGCGCUUCCUAAUGAGGAUCUCUACAAUUACAUUCCUUCCUAAUUGUUUUUAAAUAUUUUCCUUCAAAAUUGUCACUGACAGUAAGCUGUCAUUUUUAAUGGAAUCUUCUAACACUCUUAAAAAUGGAUAUUUCUUGCUCAACAAGAAUUAUUUGCAGAAGCAAGGAUCAAUUACCAGUUCCAGAUCAGUUAACAUUCAUUAGCAUUUCAGGAUGUCCUGUGAACAACACUGAAGUGAUGUUAUUCAGUAUUUUGUGGUCCGGCAUGUUCAUAGGAAACUAUCAGAUUAAUAAUUUGUAAUAUCAGGUUUUAUUCUAUACAACUGUUUUAUAAAAUAAGAUUUAAUAACUUUUUAUGUGCAAUAUUUAAGACCUGUUUCAGAGAUUAUUUUUCUAAUGAAGCAUGAACAAUAUUUAUUAAAAACCCUGUAAAUUUAGUCCUAUUUUAUUUACCAUUCAAGCAAUGAAUAAUAUCGUUUUAGAUGACUUUUUACUGUAUUUCCUAGUAUGUAUUAUAUUUUUCAAAUACCGCAUGAGGUAAAAACUUGAGUACUACAAUUAAUGGAUGAGAUACAGGUGCCACAAAUUUGAAUUCCUAUAGCCUACAAUUCUCUAUUGCCUAUAAACAAAGUAUUGUUAGCAGGCCUACAAGAUAAAACUCAGUGAAUGCCCAUUACUUUACUUUUGUCAGUUCUAUUGGAUGUGUGUGGCUGUUGAUGCACAGGUAGAAGAAGAAAAAUUUUGUACUGUGAGAAAUUUUGUUGAAGAAAUUUAUUUCACAGAAA